AUGGCCCCACCCCGGCUCCUCGACCUCCUUGUGGUCUUCCUCGCCACGGGGAUCCACGCUUACAACGCGGACAGAAACACCGUAUACCCUCCCCAAUGCCAGGCCUCAUCCGCUAAUGGGAAUGGAAGCGUUCGCUAUCCUAACACCCUCACCGCCACCGCCAACGGUACCGUCGCCAUCCUCCCCAUGGCCCUUCGCGACAUCGAAGCGCGCUUCAACCUCCCCGUACUGACCCGCGCCAUCCACGACCUCCUCCCCGACUUCCCCGCCGACCAAUACCCCGCCAUCGUGAACAUCCAGGAAUUAUCCUGGUUCCAGGGCAAGUUCUGGGGCCUCGUCGACGUGAACAUCGAUGGCUCUGCACUGCGGUUCGAGGACGGAAAGCUCAUCUCCAUUGAGUUCCCCUUCCUGGAUCACCUCCACGAUGGGCACACCUCCUUCCGCAAGAAAUCCGCCCUCCUCGUCUCCCCCAGCCAGCGCUGGACCCUCCUCGGCCCAUGGAACGACGACCUCCGCAUCCUCGAGACGGACUUCGACCCCUCGUGUGGCGCCUACGCCGACAUAGACGGGGCCUUCCACGUCGACGCCCCAGCGCAACCCCUCUUCCGCUUCCCGCCACCUGGUUCCCCGAUGGUCCGAUCCAUGUUCGAAUCCGUGUUCCGAGAAUCCCUCCCGAGCGAGGCCGUCCCGAUCGGAUUCCGCCCGUUCGCCGACGACCUGCUGCGGUUCGUCACGAACGUCACGAACCAGCCGGAGUUCGGGCCCACGGGGGAAUGCGACAUCUCGAAGCAUCUUUACACGACGCCGCUGUCGGCGAUGGGGCCCGGGGGGCUGCGGAUCAUGCGGGGGAAUGUGUCAGCGGGGGCGCAGAUGGUGUGCGAGGACAAGGAGCCAGAGUGCGCGCUGGGGGGAGGGGGAUUGUUUGACGGGAUUGCCUGUGUUGCGGGUAAUAAAUAUGAUGACAAGACGCCUGAUUGCAAGGGCUUGAGGGGGUGGGAGGAUGUAUAUGGGUUGCAGGGAGCGCACCUCUUCGUUGAGUAUGCGCCUGUUCCGUGCAAGGAGUUGCAGGGCUAUCCAGAGACUGGGAUCUGGGGAGACUCCGACGCUGAAGGGACUGAUAAUUCAGAUGCAGAUUAAGCAUAUUGAGCCCCACGCUCGAUGAGUCGAGGCAUAUGUCUACGCCUCAGGGUGGAUGGGCACGAAUUCAAGUGCCUACGAUUGGUUGAUGUCGGCACUACUCGUCAUGCGAGGGCGUGGAUAAGAAUAACGAAUAAGAAUAAAUCCACC